AUGUCUUCAAUAUUUCAAGCAUUGUUUAACUCGGCGAAUAAUAAGAGGGAUCUCUUAUCCCACAAUAACGUUUGUGAAGAAAACACUCUCAUAACUGCCUCGGCGUUAGAAUCCUCUAAGGAGCAGGCUGUCCAAAUAGAAGAUAAAUCGCCGCCAUUAGUGGAGACGCCCUUAGAGCCAAUAGACGAAGGUCACGCUGCACAGCGUUCAUGCCACAACUACAAUGAACUUCUAUCAAGAUUCUCAGAAUGCGGUAUCUGCAUGGAACCCUUGCAGUGUUGCGGUCCUUGCGUUUGCCCAAUGUGUGGUGCUGUAUGGUGUACAAAGUGUUCCCGCCGCACCACUCAAUGUAAAUGGUGCUAUCAUUUAUUUCAAAGACCGGCUACACCAUGUCUAGCAUUACAGCGGCUGAUCAAUGACCUCAUGCUGCCGUGUCGUAAUUACAGCCGAGGGUGUAGAGAUCAGCUCACAGCUGCCACCAGAGCGAAACACGAGGAGGAUUGUAAAUUCAAGGCUUGA